AUAUACACGCUGCUAUUGUUAUGGGGAACAUUCCCGCUGGUAGCAUCUCCACUGCGGUGCUGGCCCACUGACUUUAUGCGUAGGCGACACCAGAGUUUUGGACUUUGUUACUGGGUAAACUCCUUGGUAAUAUUCUCACCACAAAACGAUUGAUGCAGAAAUUUAGUUUGAACAAUGCAAAGUCUGACUGAGUAUAUUGUUAUUGUGCUGGCGGGGUCAUGAAACCACGUGAAUUUUCAGCGCGAAAACUAGAAAAGGAUUAAGAAAUCUGACUUGAGUUGGACAGGUACAGGUGGUUUCUCCGGAUUGUUUUUUUUUUUUUUUACUUUAUUAACGUUCAUCUCCGAUCGAUUUUUCGAAGUAAAUUUGGAUACAGUAAAGACUGGGUAAUGGUACAAUACAAUCUGCUGUAAGAUUUUUUCUUUUCUCAUCUUGAACUGUUCCUCAAAAUUGGAUUUAUACCAUGGAAAAAACGGGAGAACAAAGACCUCACAAGUCGCGAUCAAAACGUGGCGAAUCUGGAUCUGAAAGUACGCGAGAACGGGAAGGCUCAAGUUCUGGAUCGGGGGCCAUUCGCAAGUCUCGCCGAAGGUCGGGGGAGCGAUCACGUUCUCGCAACAGGAGGAGGAGUGGAAGCUCGGGUUCUCAGAAAUCACCGACUGAUGAUGGGGGCUCUGUCGCCAAACAUCUCCCGGGAAACUCUACUUCAGUUGAGCCUAAACAAAAUGGAUCAUCGUCAGAUAAAGAGAUGAGGCGAAUGUCAAAACUUGACGACCCCCUGGAGAAGAAUGCAAUCAGAGAGAAGCUUAGGGCCAAACCAGGGGUGCGGAGAGAGGGAGGUGAUACACCAAGGAUGAAAGGACCAAUGGUUGCAAGACCACUUUCAUCACCAUCACCAGUAGAAGGGUCUUCAUCAGCCUCUUCAACCCCACCACCACCACCCGUAUCAUCGUCAUCAACAAGGAGACCAAGGUCAUUGCUACCUCAGAGAUCACAGUCACCGUCAUCACAUAGCAAGGAGUCACCAUUCACAAAACAGGUUGUAAACAGAGUUGCUUCUCCUACUUCACCCAGACUUCCAAGACACAGGGGAUAUGUUUCUCCCUCGGGUUCUCGACCAGGCUCUCCUACAAGUGGCCACAGGAGGGCGCCAUCACCAAACAACGACUGCUUAUUCACACUCGCAGUUGGUGUUCUGAAGAAACGUGUAGAGAGGGCGCUCCAUGCGAGGUUAUUCCUUCUCACUCAGAACGGUCCUAACUCAUUCCUCAUCGGUGGAGAUUCACCAGAUCACAAAUACAAGGUCACAAUCGGCUCACAGAAUUGCAACUGUGGAAAAGGGCCCUUCUGUGUUCACCUGCUGUUUGUGAUGCUGCGAGUUUUCAAAGUGGCUGAAGAUGACAAUUUAUUGUGGAACAGGACCCUAAAAAAUUAUGAGGUUGAAUUGUUAUUUGCAAAAUACGAAGCCAUGAAGAAGAAGAAAUUAAAGCAGUCGCCGAGCCAAUCAAGCCAAAGGUCACGGAGGUCAUCCCAAAGUCCAUCUACCUCUCAUCUUCCCAGACCAAGUUCUCCGUGCCCAUCUACAGGCAGCAGCGACCAAAGGGAAGAUGAAGACCUGUGUCCUAUUUGCCUGUUGGAUAUGGUGGAGGGGGAGAGUCUGGUGGAAUGCAAGAACGGUUGCCACAACAAGCUACACCACCACUGUGUUGCAGUAUGGGAAGGAGAGUGUCAGAGGCAGCAGGAGACUAUGGUUUGCCCCCUCUGCCGAGCCGUCUGGGCCGAUUGCACCCGCGAAGACCAGGAAGCGGGGGCGCCAUCCACCGCCCAUUCCUCCGCAGAGCAGGGACCGGUAGAAGAGGAGGCAGGUGUCUUGGAAAGCAGUAGACUUCAGACUUACCAACAGAAGAAAGAGAGAUGGAAAGAGGCGUUUGAUGACAGCCUUGUCGAGGGCAUGUUCUCCCGCGACUGGGGAAUCCGUGAGAACACCCUCCACUCCCUGAGCCAGCAGCUGUCGUCCAAGCUGAAAGACGACCGGGACAGCAGAGGGAACGAACCCCACGACGUUGAGAUGUGUGAACAGUGUUUCCAAGGAGAUGUGAUCACCAUGGAGUCUGGCUUUGAUAUGGUGGCCAUGGCGUGCUCUGAUCCAGUCUACAAAGUGUAUGUGGCAGCAUUGCGAGUACUACGAACACUCUUGAUGUGUUCACACUGUAGUACCGAGGAGCAGCAAGCCCAGCUGAGAUUGUGGUUACAGCCUGUCAUGUCUGCCAUCUUGGUCAAAAGUGCAGAUGGCAACAGACGCACAGCUCAGUUAUCGGUGUCGGCCAUGUUUGAACUUGCCAGAGGAGAUUCUGGAGAGCUUGCAGUCAGCAAAGAACUCUCUUGCUCAAAUUGUAUAGGACUUGGCAGUCUGGAUUAUAUCCUGUCGUGUCUCAUCAGUGACAUCCAGAUCACUGUGAGUGAAUCAUCAAAGCACAUUUUAGGAUGUCUCUGUGUUCUAGAGAGAGUCUUCUCCGACUUCCCGGAGCGCUUUGUCAUCACUGACAAUGGUUCUGAAGUGGAGAAGGACAGCAAGAUCGAGUGUUUGGUCUCCAUAGCGACCUGUGUCUCCUCCUACCUCAAUAGCAGCCAUUCUAGGAUGUGCAAGAUCGCCAAGAAGAUAUCGGUCAUAGUGGCGAAGAUCUUGGUAGCGGAUGCCUCAGGGUUUGCCAGGAUUUGCGACAUGAUGAGGACGUUGGAAUCGCGGGAGGUUGGAAGCAGGAUGAUGCGCCGCCUCCAGAAGAUCCUUGACGAGUAUGAAGGUGCACAGGAUGCAGCGAGGGAGAGAGAAGAUGCUGCUGUGCAUGGUGAUGAUGAAGGAGGGAUGGUUGAUGAUGAGAGAGACAGGAGACAGAACGGGAUGCGAUCCCAGAAUGUACCUUGUGCCACAGAAAACACCGAUGGAUCCUCAAGAAGAGAUGAAAAUGCAAGGACCCCAUCGAGACCUUCGCUACAAGACAAUGCAAGAGAUUGCUUUCAAAAUAGAACUCCCAGCAGUGAACCAUCAACCGUCAGCGACCUCUCUGACAUAUCGGCUUCUCCGACCACACCGUGCGAUAACCCCAUCUCCUUCAAGUCCGAAGUGGCCUCGUCACCGAAGAAGAGAAUGGCCGCAUUCAGCUUCCCGCUGCCGGGUGUUGGCUCCAAGAACUGCAAGGAUGAGGUUGAGGCAGAAGAAGCUGAGGCUUUAGCCAUUGCCAUGGAAGCAUCCAUGCAUACUCAAGGUGCACUACCUUGUGUCCCGGGUCUCAGGACCGAGAAGGCUGGAGACGUCAUCAUCAAGAUUGAUCAUAAGAACUCGUCAGAGGAGACUGAUGGUGUGGUUAGUCCAAGAUCAAAGCAAUACAUGGAGUCUGUCAACUGGACGAAGGGCGCUAUCUUGGGUACCGGUGCCUUCUCAUCAUGCUACAUGGCGAGGGACGUCAAGACAGGAACAUUAAUGGCUGUAAAACAGAUCUCAUUCUGUCGGAACAACGCCGAGGAUCAGGAAGAGACUAUGGAGGAGAUCAUCAAAGAGAUCAAGCUCAUGGCGACCUUUGACCACCCUCACAUUGUUCGCCUCAUGGGGGCGACACAGCACGACGGUCACUUCAACGUCUUUGUGGAAUGGAUGCCGGGUGGAGCAGUGUCCACACUACUUAGGGACUUUGGUGCCUUCAGUAAUGCCGUGACCGUGAAGUACAUACAUCAGGUUUGUCUCGGACUGGCGUAUCUCCAUGACAACAAGGUCAUCCAUCGUGACCUCAAAGGGGCCAACUUGCUAAUGGAUAGCACCGGCCACCACCUGAGGAUAGCAGACCUGGGCACUGCAGCCAAGAUGAAUGCCGACAUUACACGCACUGAUGAAUUCAAAGGUCAAUUCCUAGGCACCAUCUCCUUCAUGGCUCCCGAGGUAUUGAGAGGGGAGCCGUAUGGUCGAAGCUGUGAUAUCUGGAGCGUCGGGUGCUGUAUCAUCGAGAUGUGUACGACUAAACCACCAUGGAACGAUGCAGCGAUAUCCAACCAUUAUCAACUUCUAUUCAAGAUUGCAAGUGCCAAUGGACCUCCUCCAAUCCCAGAAUCAUUGUCUCCGGCCCUCCGUGAUAUCGCUCUUCGUUGCCUUGAAGCUGCACCAAAAGCUCGACCUGGCAUCAUGGAGCUUUUGAAGCAUGCAGCCUUUACUCAGAUCAAUAGAUGAGAUUCUUGCAGUCUGGAGUUCGAUGUUCAUUCAGUUUGAGGGUCUUUGUCUCACCCUUGCUGAUAUUGCUCUUUGUUGCUCAGAGGCCACAUCAUCCGCUUUGCUGGGUAUCAUGGAACUUCCAAAGUAUCCUGCAUUCAUAGAGAUGGAGAAACUUUUUUUCUUUAAGACCUGUGGAUCCUGUAUCUAUGGAUUUUCAUUUCUCUAUAAAAACAAACAAGGACAGCACCCAAGACGGCCUCAGUCCCUGAAGUAAAAUCGUGGAGAUUAUGUAUUCUUAUAUGGGAAUACCCAAAGUAUGAAAGAUACUUCAGGCUUAUAUUCAGCUUUGGAGAUCUUAGAAAUUAACUUCUCGUUUCUUGAAUACAUUAGGAUACAAGAUAGCCAUUGGCAAAGGUUUCUAAGUUUGAUGUUCCCCCCAAAAGUUGAAUAUUUGCCCAAAUCAAGGCAGUUUUCAAACCAGAUUAUGCAAAUCAUACCUCUUCUAAGUAAAUUUCAGUCAAACAAAGUUCUAUGGUCCAAAAGAAUUAUAUCCUUGUGUUCGAACUGUUGAGAUGUGAUGCGAUGCGUGAAUCAAAUGGCACCAUGGAUGCUACUAGUUCGGUGCAAGUAACGGAAAAUGAUAUAUUUUUAUACACAAUUAUUUCUUUUAACCACUUCAGUGACUAUAGUAAAGAUAGUCAUGUUUAUAAUACUUGAAUUUUUAGUGCAAUUCUGUGCACAGAUGAAUUCAAGUCAUAUACUUAAAGAAUUGCAAGUGUUUCAGGUUACAGGAAAUAAGGGUUCAUCCUUCCCUUUUAACAUCAUUUUUGAUAUUUUUAUUAUCAUUAAUUAUUUUUGGCUUGAUAAAAAGCCCAUUUAUCAGCCAUAGAUGCUGAUAAUAAGAUAAUGACUCAGAAGUACUUAAAUAUUUUUAUACUCUUUUGAAGAGUGCCUGAAUUACCUGUUCUAAAUGAAAUACAUGUACAACAGAUGAACCUUUCUUGAUUUAAAACGUGUGUGUCCUUUCAUGUAGCAAUAUUUUGAAGCCAAUUUUUAAACUAGUGUGUGAUUAAAAUCAUUGAGACAUUUCUGCCUUAAUAAAAAAUUGUCAUGAAAAUAACUGCCAAAUGUGCCCAAAUGAAGACCUUUAUAAUUAUAUUUAUAUUUAUUUUUUUUUUUGGGGGGGAGGGAGGGGGGUGUUAACAUGAAUAUAUAUUUUUCUUUUUCCUUCUUAUUAAUCCAGUCUCUGUAAUUGAAUGUGUUGAAUAAAAGUAAGCAUGAAAAUAUUGCUCUAAGAGUAUAAAAAAUUAUUAAAAAACAUUUCAAAUCAUAUUCAUUGCAAGAGGAUUAACUAAAGAAAUCCAGCCAAGUCUGUAUUCACUUUAUAAUACUUUUUAAUCCAUUGAUAAGAAGACAUUCCCUUUAAAAUAUAUGUAUUAAGUGCCACUAAUCCCAGACAAGUGCCUAAGUGUCUCUAUUGUACUGACAGGUGUCUAUUUUAUUUCCAUUUUAUGUAUGGUACUGCCCCCAAAUUGGAUUGGUAUGUACAACUGGGUUCUGAAAGAUUUUACUCAUAUUCUUUGAAUAAUUUAUGAACCCAAUUUUAUAUAUAUUGCUGCAAGCUAUUUUUACUCGACAGUUUUGAGACAAGUAUUUUUCUAUCUUGCCUCGUUAUGUAACUUUUUUAAUGUCAAGCUUUGAUGCUUAUAAAUCAUUGAUUGUUAUGUUUAUAGCUUUAUGAAUACAUGUAUAGCAUGUUUAAAUUUUUACUCAGAUUUAAUUUUGUAUUUUUACAAAAGAAUUUUACUAUGCCCAAUUAACGGGCGUCUCUCUGGAGUUCAAGUCAUACCCCAGACUUACCCGAUGUUUAUAACUGUACAUUUUGUGUGAAAUUUCCUGAAAUGAGUGUAUUGUCUGCCUAUGUCUGAAGCUUUGCACUGCUUCUGACAAAGCAUAUGACGACAUAGCAGCACACGGUCAAUACACCUGCAUUUUCAUCAUUUGUAUAUUAUGGUGCCUAUUAUUGUAUAUAAGAGAUAUUGUAUAUAUUGUGUUAUUUUGUAAUAAAACACCAAGUGAUAUUGUGAUAAGUA